AUGUUGCCUGUUUGCUCAGCCACCUCAAGCUGUUCUUAUCAUUCCCAGAUUUCCUUACAUGGAGGAUUGCAUGCCAGUUCCCCAUUCCAGAAGGAUUUUGAGGCCAGAUACAUUGCGGAAUGCAGGGGCUCUCUGGGCUUGUCAUUUGCAAUGCAUUUCCAAAGAGAUUCCUUCAAAGCACAUGCUACAAAGUCUUUGUAUUCUAACUUUGUGAAAAGCACAGAACAAUCAGUCUCCAUGGAUUUUGUUAAUAGGAGUUCCUGCUCAAAUGAAUCAGACUAUCUUAAUUGCAAGUAUUCAGAUAUGUGGAGUUCUUCUACUGCAACUUUAUAUAAACAACAUCCGUUGGGAAUGGUGGAACUGAAAUAUGUAGAAAGCUCUAGCCUUUUGGCCCCUGAUGAGGGACUCAUGGACUUUACUAAUCAGUCGACUGAGAAUGCAAGUAUUUUAUCAGGACCCGUAGAACCUGAAUCCAUUUCAGCUGCUGAUUUAACACCAGAAAAUGUCACCUCUGCAUCUGACUCCCUAGACAUUGAUAGUGAUCAAUUAUCCAGUGUGAAAACUAGUAUUGAGGAUUUUAUUGAUGGGGUUAGUAAGUCUUUCAGUGCUUCAGUCGAUAAGGGAGAAAGUUCUGUUAAAAGCUCACUAGACGCAAUCACUUCAUCAGUAUCUUCUGUUGUUAAAAGUGCUAAUGAAGCAGUGGAUAAUGCUGUUGGCAGAAUGUUUUCAACAAUUGAUCAAACGGGACAAUUAGGUGGCAGUAAAAUGGCAAAUUUUUCAAGCGACUUUAAGGAAGCCACAAGUAAAGGAACUGCUAUUGCUAUUGAUAUUUUGAGACGUACAUUUGUUGUGGUGGAGGAUUCUCUAUCAAAUGGGGCUUCCUUUGUUGUUAGUUCUUACCAGUCUGCCAAGGACUUUCUUCCUCCUGACGUUAGUGAUGCACUAAAUUUGUCUGAAAAGCGAGCAGCAGAGUUCCUGGGGCCUGCCAAGAGUGCUUUUCAGCAGGUUUAUAUUGCUAUUGAGGGGUUGGAGGAAAAUCUUGGCUUGGAUCCAAAUGAUCCAAUCAUUCCAUUUGUUAUAUUCCUUGGCACCUCAGCCACUUUAUGGGUCAUUUAUCUGGUGCGGACAUUCAGUGGUUAUGCUGGAGAUUUAUCUCCUGAAUCGACAUUGGAGCUCUUGACAGGGAAGGAGAAUGCUGUGCUCAUUGAUGUCCGACCCGAGGUUAUUAGAGAAAAAGAGGGUAUUCCUGAUCUUCGACGAACAGCUCGCUUUCGUUAUGCAAGUGUGACUCUACCUGAGGUUGAUGGCUCUUUAUGGAAGUUAUUGAAGAGUGGAAAAGAUCUUGAUGAUACCUUAACUGCUGCUGUUAUUCGGAACUUGAAGAUUGUUCAGGACAGGUCCAAGGUCAUUAUUAUGGAUGGUGAUGGUACUCGUUCCAAAGGAAUUGCAAGAUCCUUGAGAAAGCUUGGGCUUAAGAAACCUUACUUGGUUCAAGGUGGCUUUCAGUCUUGGGUGAAACAUGGUCUUCGUAUUAAGGAACUCAAACCUGAGACGACACUUACCAUACUCAAUGAGGAAGCUGAGGCAAUUCUGGAGAAUAUCAAUCCUUCUCGAGCUCAAGUUCUUGGGUAUGGUGUGGGACUGAUUGCGGCAUCGUAUGCACUAUUAGAGUGGGAGAAGACAUUGCAAUUGAUUGGCGUUGUUGGCCUUGGUCAGACCAUUUACCGACGGGUGGCAACUUAUGAGAAUGCUGAAGAUUUUAAGCAAGAUGUGAGGCUGCUGCUUGUGCCUGUUAGAGUUGGAGCUCAGGCAUUUUCGUGGGCUGCUGGAAAAUUGGAAUCAAACGGCAUUGGACUACCAACAUCUCCUUCAUCCUUAGAUGUUAAAAACCGGGUAUUGCAGGCUGCUGCAAAGCAUGAAUCUCAACCGUCUGAUACUGAAGGUAUCCAAGAGUCAUCUCCUGAAUCAACAAUUCCGGUCAAUGACAGUGUAGAUCUCUCCGAAGCAUAA